GGCACGGAGCCAGAAGGGAGAGAAGACAGACGAUGGAUCAAGAAACCAUGGAUCUGAAGAUAGCGGCGGGCCAGCUGUUCCUGGAGAACUACUACAGGACGUUCGACGCGAACCGGGCGGAUUUGGCGAACCUGUACCGGGAAGAGUCGGUGAUGAUCUUCGACGGCCGGAAGUUGCAGGGCAAGGAGGCUAUCCUUGCCGAACUCACCUCCCUUCAGCAGUGCCGGCACCAAAUCCACACCGUCCACUGCCAGCCCACGGUCGUCAGCAGCAGCGACUUGCUCGCCACGGUCACCGGCUACAUGUGGCUAGACGGCGAGCAGGACGCCCGCCCUUUCUCCCAGAUGUUCAUUUUGAUCCCAACACCGGAAGGAAGCUUUUAUGCAUCGCGCGGCACUUUCCAAUAUUUCGGAUUCGAAUUGCGCGGGACCACCACGGCUUGAUCGGGAAUGGAAUGGAAUGUCCAGGAUGAACCGUUUUCUUUUCUCUAGGAGCCCCGGUGUGGGGUGGGGAGGGUUGGGGGAGGGGAGUUUCAGUCUGUCUUAUUUUCAACGUUCUACUGCAGUACCGUUUGAAACAGAUUUCUAUAUAUAACGUGCGUGCGUUGCAGCCGUGUUUUCCUUUUAACUAUGUCUGAGGCUUGCAGUUUUACUUAGGCCCCUUAUUGUUGUUGAUCCUACGUGUGUUUUUUCCUUAACUAUGUCUGAUGCUUGCAGUUUUACUCAGACCAAUUAUUGUU